AUGCGCGGCCACGCGUUGGAGCCCCGCGACGCCAGCGACACCAUCGUCACGGCGACAGGCAAGGGGAAAGGAGCCAAGAGAGGGUCCGUCCAUCCGUCGAUGCGGGAGAGCACCGUCGGCCGGCUUCCUGCCACGGGUUUCCGUCACCUUGGAAGCACGCCGUCAGGCUUCCGAGCCAUGGCCACGGCAGGCCAAUGGGCCACGCGGCAAUUCCUGUCUGCUCGCACGCCGAAGCGUGCGUCCGGCUCAUGUGUCUCGUCUCACCAGGGCCACGCACGACUCAGUGGUGGCUAG